AUUAGCUCCCCUGUCAAGUGCCUUUCCAUCUGCUGAUCUACCGCACACCAUUCCCCCGUCCAAUCUCCCCUCGCCUGCCGUCAAAUCCCUCGCCGCUCACGCGCAUCGCCGCCGUUCGCCGUCCCCGUUCUACCUCGCGGCAGUUCGUCCUUCCUGUGACUCCACCCCGUCCGCGAUCUUGUUCCUUGGAUCUCGAGGAUGGCGACUGUGAGGAACCUCAAGAUCAAGACGUCGACGUGCAAGAGGAUCGUCAAGGAGCUGCGCUCCUACGAGAAGGAGGUGGAGAAGGAGGCGGCCAAGACUGCUGACAUGAAGGAGAAGGGCGCCGAUCCCUACGAUCUCAAGCAGCAGGAAAAUGUGUUAGCUGAAUCGAGGAUGAUGGUCCCAGACUGCCAUAAGCGUCUUGAAGCUGCACUGACAGACUUGAAGGCAACUCUGGCUGAGUUGAAGGAGUCAAAUGAACAAGGCACUGAGAUUGGAGAGGCUGAGAGUACAAUCACGGAAGUCGAAGCAGUAUACACGCCAACGGAAGAAUGAACUCAACUUCCAUUUUGCUGAAAUAUAAGCAUGUAUCAUACUGGCUCUUGCGGACACCUUAGCCUCAUUUCAUAUGAUGUUGAUGCCAACACAUGUAUUAUGACUCAUUAGCUUGACUAGAUGAGUAUCUCGUGAUGCCACCGCACUGGAAUAUAAUUAGGUGUUGUGAUGUUCUGGAAUGUUAAGAAGAGCAUGCUGCGUUUAUUCCAGUUGGGUACCGGAUGAUUUAGUUAUUGAGAUCGUUUUUUU